AUGGACGAAUCAAAACUGGUUCCCGCGGACCUUGCGAGGAAACGGGAGAUGUGGGAAGAUGUUCAGCGGCAACUGGCGGGUCUUGUUCGCGUGCCACACAUUUUGGAGUCGUUGGAGCAGUGCACAGAAGAAGACACGAAAGAAAUGAUCUUUUUUACUCCCACAUUUGCGCUUCCGCAAGGCCUAUUGGAUGAGUUUUACGCGUCUGCCGUACUUGGCCCACAGUUGCGGCGUGAGGCUGAGAGCAGGAAACUCGCAUUGCCUUCAUCUCUCUUGCCGCUGCGGCACGUGGGUGGGGUAGACGUUUCUUUUUUAAAAGGGACAAAUCUCGCUGUGGCCUGUCUAGUUGUCAUGGAGUACCCAAAUAUGCGGCGGUGUCGCACGGUUUACCAUCAGUGCGAGGUAACGGAGCCUUAUAUACCGGGAUUUUUGGCCUUUCGCGAGGUUGUGCCACUCGUCGAGCUGAUGAAUAAAUUUCGAGAUGGGAAUUGUGCAGAGGAUAUGUCUGUUUAUCCGCAGCUUUUACUUGUGGAUGGUUGUGGAGUUCAACACCCGCUUCGCUGUGGACUCGCCAGUCACUUGGGUGUUGUUUUAGACAUCCCCACGGUUGGCUGCGCGAAAAACUUUAUGGCUGUGGACGGCAUGACACGCAAGUCCAUGCAGUGUCUUUUUGAGGCCAAUGACGAAGAUGGCGGUGGCUCUAAAAGAAGGACGAUGGCACCGUUCGUGAAGUCAAUGAUUGGGCAGAGCGGAACGCUGUGGGGCUAUGCUGCCACACCAAACGCCGGUGUGAAGAAGCCCAUCUUCAUCUCCCCUGGUCAUCUUGUCGGAUACGCUGAAGCAGCCGCGUUGGUGCUUUCCAUGUGUAAACACCGCAUCCCUGAGCCCAUUCGUGCUGCCGACUUUAGUUCCCGCGAGUACAUUCGCCGGAUGGCUCGGAAGUGA